AUGUUGAGUUAGGACACAACAUCGGAAACACAUUUACUGACAUGUAAACCUUUUUUUAAGGUUUAGGGUCCAGAAACACCACUGUUGUACAGCAAGCUGUUUCUGAGUCAGUCCAACCAGGAGUGUCGGUGACUCUGAACUGUACAAUACACACUGAGACCUGUGCAGGAGAACACAGUGUCUAUUGGUUCAGACAUGGCUCAGGAGAAUCCCGUCCAGGAAUCUCUUACACCAAUGGAGACAGGAGUGAUCAGUGUGAGAAGAGCCCUGAGACUGGGUCUCCUACACAGAGCUGUGUCUAUAACCUCCCAAGAAGAACCUCAGCCUCUCUGAUCCUGGGACUUCCUACUGUGCUGUGGCCUCAUGUUGAGUGA